AUGGGCCUGCGCCUCGCCUACUACUACUCUGGCUUCAUCACAGGCUGCGUAAACAUCUUCCUUUCUACGGUGCUCUUGUUUACGAUGAAUUCCCCCCAACCCGACAAGGACAAGCUAUUUCUUCCUUACUACAUCUUCCUCAAAAUGCAGUUGGCCCUGCCGAUUUUUGAACUGAUUCUGUCGUUUACAUCUCAGAGAAUUGACCCUACACUUGUCGUCGUGGCUUCAAUGUGCGGCAGAGUCCCUAUUCUGCUUUCCGUCGUCAGACCGGAGUACUCAGUAUUCACGCUAGUGCUCGGCAUUUUAUAUGGGCUGGGAGACGUGCUGAAGUCAACGCAUGCAGCUGAUAAGAUCGACGUCGGUACAUCUUCAAGGAUUAUAGCAUGGGUACGCUAUUGUACCCCCAUGUGGUUCUACCCUGUAACGUCUCUCUGCGGCGAGCUUCCUGUACUUAUACACCACAUCCAUAGCCUGCCUCCUUACACUAUGGAAAGGGGCUUCUGGACCCAGUUCUCCCUGAUGUAUUAUUCUCUCUUCCCGCUGCUUUACUUCGUCCACUGCCUGUUGUACUACCGCAACGUCAAUCGUCCAAAAAUAUAUGCAGAGCACCUAGCCGCCUAUAAUGCCUAUCUUCAGAAACAGAAAGAGAAGAGUAGCACUGCAGACGAGUAA